AUGUCCAACCCGGAGAAGCGGAUCUUAUCCCGCCCCUCGGCCCCCCUGUCUGCAGCACCCGGGGAAAAGCCCGGCUCCGGCAGCCGCCCGCUCCACUCCCAUGGCCAGAGCGGUGGAGGUGGAGGCAGCGGCGGGUCUCCUCCUCCUCCCCCCGCUCCUGGAGGCGACUCGCCUGCCUGCAGCUCCCUCUCUCUCCUCCUAACAACCACCACCAGCAGCAGGAGCCGCGCUACAGGCACAGCCUCCUCCGCCGUCUCCGCCAGCAUCGUCUCUAGAGCGGCAGCGGCUCCUUUCCUCGUUCCAAUUCCCUCCUUCUCCUCCGCUUCUCCAUCUUCUUUUUAUUUCUUGCCGCCGCCUCCUCGUUUCCCCUCCUCGUUUUCCUUUAACCUCACAAGUCUCCAAGGGAGGGAAGGAGGAGGAGAGGCAGCGAGAGCGGCAGGAGGAGGAGGUGGAGGAGGAGGAGGAAGAGAUGUUGGCGGAGCAGCAGCAGCAGCUCACUUGAUCGCCCAUCCAGGCGGCAGCGGCAGGAGGAGACUCUUCUGUUCUUCCUCCAUCCAGGGCUUGCUGCUCCGUACCGCAGCCGGCGGCCCCCGGCAGCAGCACUCCCGACUCCUCCUCUCCCCAGCCGCCUCUCGCCCGUGGUCCUGCAAUUCCCUCGGUGCUGCAGCAGCAGCCCGUGGCGACGGGAUCCGAGGAGGCGACGGCCCCGGCGGGAGCAGGACUCCUAGGCGGCAGCAGCGGCAGAGAGGCGCCUUCUUCUCCUCCUCGUCUCCCCUACUCCUAGGGCCAGACAUGGAAGAUGGAUCUAAUUCUGCAAGCUGCUUUAGGAGGUUUACGGACUGUUUCUUGAAUACAAUUCAACGUGGCAGCUGGGUGGAAUCAACAUCCAAGUCAGUAGAAGGCUUAACAGAUGAAAAAGUGAAGGCAUAUCUUUCUCUUCACCCCCAGGUACUGGAUGAGUUUGUGUCAGAAAGUGUAAGUGCAGAAACUGUGGAAAAAUGGCUAAAAAGGAAAAAUAACAGACAAGAAGAUGAAACGGCUCCUAAAGAAGUCAGCAGGUACCAGGAUACGAAUAUGCAAGGCGUAGUGUACGAAUUAAACAGCUACAUAGAGCAGCGCCUGGAUACAGGAGGAGAUAACCAACUGCUUCUGUAUGAGCUGAGCAGCAUCAUUAAAAUAGCUACAAAAGCUGAUGGAUUUGCACUGUAUUUCCUGGGAGAAUGCAAUAAUAGUCUGUGUGUAUUUACACCACCAGGAGCUAAAGAAGGACACCCACGACUCAUUCCUGCAGGGCCCAUUGCACAUGGCACUACAGUAUCUGCUUAUGUAGCCAGAUCCAGAAAAACGUUGUUAGUAGAAGAUAUUCUGGGGGAUGAGCGAUUUCCCAAAGGUACUGGGCUGGAGUCGGGGACCCGUAUCCAGUCUGUUCUGUGUUUGCCAAUUGUCACAGCUAUUGGUGACCUGAUUGGUAUCCUGGAGCUUUACCGUCACUGGGGCAAAGAGGCCUUCCACCACAGUCACCAAGAGGUUGCAACAGCAAAUCUUGCAUGGGCUUCAGUAGCAAUACAUCAAGUACAAGUGUGCCGGGGCCUUGCCAAGCAGACUGAACUGAAUGACUUCUUGCUUGAUGUAUCAAAAACAUAUUUUGAUAAUAUAGUUGCAAUAGAUUCUCUACUUGAACAUAUAAUGAUAUAUGCAAAAAACCUGGUGAAUGCAGAUAGGUGUGCACUCUUCCAGGUUGACCACAAAAAUAAGGAGCUGUAUUCAGAUCUUUUUGAUAUUGGAGAAGAAAAUGAUGGAAAACCUGUCUUCAAGAAGACCAAAGAAAUAAGAUUUUCUAUAGAAAAAGGAAUAGCUGGUCAAGUGGCAAGAACAGGAGAAGUCCUUAACAUCCCUGAUGCCUAUGCAGACCCACGCUUUAACAGAGAAGUAGACCUCUACACAGGCUACACAACCAGAAACAUCCUGUGCAUGCCUAUUGUGAGCAGAGGAAGUGUAAUAGGUGUUGUGCAGAUGGUGAACAAAAUAAGUGGAAGUGCCUUCUCUAAAACUGAUGAGAACAACUUUAAAAUGUUUGCAGUCUUUUGUGCUCUAGCCUUACACUGUGCUAAUAUGUACCACAGAAUUCGUCAUUCAGAGUGUAUUUACCGUGUAACGAUGGAAAAGCUAUCCUACCAUAGUGUUUGUACAGCAGAAGAGUGGCAAAACCUCAUGCACUGUACACUGCCUCCACAUAUUUAUAAAGAAAUUGAGCUAUACCAUUUUGAUAUCAGUCCAUAUGAAGAUGUUUGGCCUGCUAUUUUUGUCUACAUGGUUCACCAGUCCUGUGGGACAGCCUGCUUUGAACUUGAAAAGCUGUGCCGAUUUACUAUGUCUGUAAAGAAGAAUUAUCGCCGCGUGCCCUACCACAACUGGAAGCAUGCAGUUACCGUCGCACAUUGCAUGUAUGCCAUACUGCAGAACAACCAGGGGCUUUUCACUGAUCUAGAGCGAAAGGGUCUUUUAGUUGCAUGCCUGUGUCAUGACCUGGAUCACAGAGGUUACAGCAACAGCUAUCUUCAGAAAUUUGAUCACCCCUUAGCUGCUCUCUAUUCCACAUCAACGAUGGAACAGCACCACUUCUCUCAGACUGUAUCCAUCCUGCAGCUGGAAGGGCACAAUGUCUUCUCCAAUCUGAGCUCCAGCGAAUAUGAGCAAGUACUUGAGAUCAUCCGGAAAGCCAUCAUUGCCACAGACCUUGCCCUGUAUUUUGGAAACAGAAAACAACUUGAAGAGCUGCAUCAGACAGGAGCAUUAAACCUUAAGAACCAAACACACAGAGAUAGAGUGAUUGGCCUGAUGAUGACAGCUUGUGAUCUGUGUUCUGUAACAAAGUUGUGGCCAGUUACCAGACUGACAGCCAACGAUAUAUAUGCAGAGUUCUGGGCUGAGGGUGAUGAAAUGAAGAAAACAGGUAUUCAGCCUAUUCCUAUGAUGGACAGAGAUAAGAAAGAUGAAGUCCCUCAGGGUCAGAUUGGGUUCUACAAUGCUGUAGCCAUCCCCUGUUACACCACCCUUGCACAGAUCUUUCCUCCAACUGGGCCACUACUCCGAGCAUGCAGGGACAAUCUCAAUCAAUGGGAGAAGGUAACGAGAGGUGAGGAAGCCUCUAUAUGGAUUUCUUCUCAAUCCCUUGCUCCUGGGACCUCAGAUUCUCUUCCUGUGAAGAUUGAUGACUGA